AUGAGGAUGCGAGGAGAAAAAAUUAAAGUAUUGGGAAUUAUCUUCCUAUUAAUAAUUUGCUUUUGCUACAUUUUAAAUAUAAAUACAACAACAUUAAUAUGUUGUUUUGUUAGUUUAAUUAUUGGAAUAUCUAUUGGGUCAGGAAUAAUUGCUAAUAUAGAUAAAAUUCAAGGAAUAAUUGAUAAAAAAUUUGAAAAAAAAUACAUUAUGAAUGAAGAUAUGGUAAAUAAUAAAAAAGUAGAAGGCAUUGAAAGAAAUAGGUAUAGUGAAAAUAUGUUGUUUUAUGUGGAGGAGGAGUUAAACGGAAAAGUAGAGUUAUUUCUUGAAAAAAUAAUAGAAAGAUAUAUUAAUUCAUGGUAUUUAUCAGAAUUUGAAAAUGAUACAGCUUUCAUUGGAGAAAUACGUCAUCAUUGUUGUUAUGCUGGUAGGAAAAUACUAAGUUUGAUUAAGAAAACAGAUUUUGAAAGUGUAAUUAUAGAAGAAAUUUUUCCACAAAUUCUUUUGCACUUUUAUAGGAUGGGAAAUUGUGAUAAUAAAAUAAAAGAAGACAAUAUUAUAUUAAGUGACUUUUUUAAAGAUGAUACUCAUUAUAGUUUACGAGAAAAUUUUAAUUGUAAAAAAUAUUUAAAUAUUUUAAGUGAAAAAGUAUUAAAGAAAAUUAUUGAUGUUAAAAGAAUAUCAGGUAAAGUUGGUGAUAGUAGUAGUUUAAAUGGAACAUGGCCAAGUAAAAGUGGUCUAUAUCUUCUUCAAGAUUUAAUAACAAACUAUAUUUUUUAUCCUAUUGUUGAAUUUUUAAGUGAACCUGAUAAUAUCAAUAAAUUAUUUCUUCAAAUUAUUGAUGGAUCUUCAUCAAAUGUUUAUGAAAUUAAUGAUAAUAAAAAAAAUGUUAUGUUUUUAUAUGGAUUAGAAGAAAAUAUACAUAGUGCAUUACAAGAUUCAUUAUUACAAGUAAAAUUAAGUACAAUAAUAAAAAAUCCACGUCUCUUACAAACAUUUGAAAUAUUUUUAGAAGAUUUUAAUGGUCCAUUAGCAUUAUUACAAAUAUUAAAAAAUUUAGAUAGUAUACAUAAAAUAUUAAUAAAAAUAGAUAAAGUAGAUGAUAAUGAAUUAGUAUUAAGAGAAAUAGAAUUUGAUCUUCAUCAAAUAUAUGCAACAUGGAAAGUUUUUGUUAUUGAAAAUGAGAAAGAAAUUAUCAAAUUAAAUACAGCAUUUUUUAAUGAAAGUAUAUUUAAAGGAUUAAAAAAUGAUCUAGAUAAUAAAAAUAUACAAGCAAUUGAUAAAGUUAUGGAAGAAGCUUAUAGAAAGGUUUAUGAAAUAAUAUCAAAAAAUUUUGUUAUACCAUUUUCGCAAAGUGAAUGUUAUUUUGGUUAUCUAUGUGGUAGUUCUCCUGUUGAUGUUGAUCAAUUUCAAUUUUCAAAUAAUACAUUAACAACAAAUGGUAAUAAAAGUAAUAAUUGUGAGAAAAUUCCAGAAAAUUCUUUAUCAUUUUCAAGUUUUAGAAAAAGAGUAUGGAGUGUUAUGGUACCUAAUACUACUAAUUUUAGUAAUGAUGAUAAUAAUGAGGAAAUAAUAGAUGAUUGUUAUGAAAUGACUCCAAGUGUAGAAACACCAUUAGAUACAGCAGAAUAUAAUAAUCUUGGAAUUUUAACAGUAUUAAAAAGUAGUACAAAAUUAAGUAUAAGAAUUGAAGAUAUAGAAAUGAGAAGAGAUUCAAUAACAAGUAGAAUGUAUUAUGUGUAUGCUAUCGCUGUUAUCUCAACAGAUAUUUCAACACCGGAACCAACAUCUGUUGAAUGGGUUGUUCUUAGAAAACCAGAAGAAUUUUAUACACUACAACAAAAAUUAUUAGAAAAACAUGGAAGUGCGUUAGCUCAAUUUCAACCAUUACCUCCAAAAAAAAGUAUUACAUCACGUGAUAAAAUUGCAUUAUUAGAAAAUUUACCUUCAUUUGAAUGUUUUCUUAAUGAUAUUAAUCAUCAUUCAUUGCUACAAAAAUCUGAUUUAUUUUUUAAUUUCUUAUCAUCUCCAGAUGAAUUUAAGGAUUCCCUAACAUUAUCAGAAUUAAAUCCUUGGAGAAUUGUAAAAAAAGUUCCACAAAAAUUAAGUAGAGAAAAGGGUAAAAAUUUAAAAUCAUUUAUUUUAAAUUCACUAGCUAAUCUUCUUGCCUCACCAUCAUCAACUAUUUAUGGUUAUUAUGGAAGAAGUCACUCAAAUUUUGAUACAUUUUCAUUUAAUGAUAAUAUGUCAAACUCAUCAAUUUGUGAAUCAGGUGAUGUAAUCUUAAAUAAUAAAUAUAAAAAUAAUAUUAGUAAUAAGAAUAGAAAUUACAGUAAUACAUCAGUAUCCAAAUGUGAUGGAAUUAAUUGUAUUAAUGAAUGUUUAUGUUUGUCUUUAGAAAUUGAUAAGAAAGAAAAACCAACAUUUUAUAAUACAUUAUUAACUUUUAUACUUAAAAUAACUUCACUUCCAAAAUGGAUUCUUUGUCCAUUACUUUUUAUAGAAUAUUUAUUUUCAAAUGUUAUAUCAAGUUAUAUGAAAAAUUACCUUUCUAAAGAAAUUAAUAUGUUACUAGUUCCAUCUAUAUUUUCAAAUAUUAUUUCAUCACUUCACUCAACUAUAUUUGAUCCAAAUUAUGAAAUAGUAACAACGGAAGAAAAAAAUCUUCGAAGACAAUUAGCUAGAAGGAAGUUUAUAGAUCUUUCACUUUCUAUUAUUCCUUUUUAUAGUUAUUUUAAAAUUCAUCUCAAAAAAUAUGAACAUUCCAUUGAAAAUAUUUUCAAUUCAUCACAAUGUCAGGAGUUAAACAAACAGUUGGUUAUUGUUGUCCUUGAUAAAAUAAUAGAUAAUAUAUUUAACAAGUGA